AUGUCGGCUUCGGAGGCGGGCAGUGUUUUCCGCAGAGCCCGGGGCAGAACCCUGGACGCGUUUCCCGCAGACAAGGAAAAGGUCUGGGAAGGCCCGUUCUACUUCAUCCAAGGUGCAGACCCACAGUUUGGAUUGAUGAAGGCCUGGGCCACUGGAGACUGUGACAAAGGCGGCGAUGAGUGGACCCAGGAGAUCCAGCUGACAAAACAAGCUGUCCAGGCCAUCAACAAGCUGAGUCCCAGGCCCAGAUUCUUCGUCCUGUGCGGUGACCUCAUCCAUGCCAUGCCAGGGACGCCCUGGCGGAAGGAGCAGACAGAGGACCUGCAGCGGGUGCUCGAGGAUGUGGACAGCGAGAUCCCGCUGGUCUUCGUUAGCGGCAACCAUGACAUUGGCAACAGCCCCACCGCCGAGUCCGUCUCGGAGUUCUGCCAGACCUGGGGAGAUGACUAUUUCAGCUUCUGGGUCGGGGGUGUCUUCUUCCUCGUCCUCAACUCCCAGCUCUGGUUCGAUGCGUCCAGGUGCCCCACCUUGAAGCAGGCCCAGGACCGGUGGCUGGAGGAGCAGCUGGGGGUCGCGGGGCAGUGCAGGUGCCAGCAUGCCAUCGUCUUCCAGCACAUCCCACUCUUCCUCCAGACCAUCGAGGAAGAGGACGACUACUUCAACCUCACGGCGUCGGUCAGGCGGGAGAUGGCAGACAAGUUCACCAAAGCAGGUAUUAAAGCCGUCUUCUCAGGCCACUACCACAGGAAUGCCGGGGGCACCUACCAGGACCUGGAAAUGGUGGUGUCAUCAGCCAUCGGAUGCCAGCUGGGCAAAGACACACAUGGGCUCAGGGUCGUGGUGGUCACCGCCGAGAAGAUCGUCCACCGCUACUGCAGCAUAGACGAGCUGAGCGAGAAAGGACUGGCCGAUGACCUGGUGGAUCUGCUGCAGAAGAGAUGAUUGCCCUUCGCGAGCUAUUCACUUUCCGCCUCCACUCGGUUCUUAGCUUGCCAGAGGCAGCAGCUGCACCUAGCUCCUGAUUGGAAGCAAAAUCGCCCAGGUGAAUUCAUGUCCUUUUGCAUAAAUCAGAGCGCUGGGUCAGAUCCUAAUAUAUUCAAAACAGAACUGCCUUCCUUUGAAAAAGAGAAUGGAGCCUGGAAAUAAAAAAAGAAAUUCAUUGAUACCCGAA